AUGUCUUCAUCAAAUAAUAGAAAAAAGUUAUUAUUAAUGGGUCGCUCAGGAUCAGGGAAAUCGUCAAUGAGAUCGAUUAUCUUUAGUAAUUAUUCAGCUUUUGAUACAAGGAGGCUGGGUGCUACAAUUGAUGUCGAACAUUCUCAUUUGAGAUUUCUGGGCAAUAUGACGUUGAAUUUGUGGGACUGUGGUGGUCAGGACGUUUUCAUGGAAAAUUAUUUUACAAAACAGAAAGAUCAUAUUUUCCAAAUGGUUCAGGUUUUGAUCCAUGUAUUUGAUGUGGAAUCACAAGAAGUCAUUAAAGAUAUAGAUAUAUUUACUAGAGCAUUGAAACAAUUGAAAAAAUAUUCUCCUGAUGCUAAAAUAUUCGUAUUGUUGCAUAAAAUGGAUUUGGUCCAACUGGAUAAAAGAAAUGAAUUAUUUGAAAUUAUGAUGAAAAAAUUACAACAAGCUUCUGCAGAAUACGGAUUCCCACAUUUAAUAGGUUUUCCAACUUCUAUUUGGGAUGAAAGCUUAUACAGAGCUUGGUCUCAGAUCGUUUGUUCUUUGAUACCAAAUAUGUCAAUACAUCAAUCAAACUUGAAAAAAUUAAAAUCUUCAAUGGAUGCAAUUGAAAUUAUUUUGUUUGAACGAUCGACUUUCCUAGUGAUAUGUUCAAGUAACGAUCAAAACAUAAAUGGAAAGAUUAAUAACUAUACUACUACUACGAAUAAUAAUGCCAACAAUUCAAGUCUAUCUGAGUUAUCAAACGAAGUUUCGUUAUUGGAUCCAAAAAGAUUUGAAAAAAUAUCAAAUAUAAUGAAAAAUUUUAAACAGAGUUGUACUAAAAUGAAAUGUGGAUUUAAAACUGUGGUCUUAAAUGAUAAUAUAUACGUUAGUGAGUUAUCUUCAAAUAUGGUUUGUUUCAUAGUUUUGAAAAAUUCCGAUGCUCCACAACAACUAGUAUUAGAAAAUAUAAGGAAGGCAAAAAAUUACUUUUAA